GCGCUGUGGUGCGUCACAACAACGGAAGCAUCUGCUUGUGCUACUUUCACAUAGCGCAGAUCCGCGGUGGAAGAUGUGUAGCUUGACAUAAGUUGUGUAAGUAUGUCAAAGUUGUCAAUGAAAGAGCAAAGUGGCUGUCGAAAACUGUUGAGAUUAUUACCCCUGGACGACUUGUUCGCCCUUAAAGAUACAGUAACGAAUCGACUGAUCGCUGUAGAGAGCACGCAAGAGGCCAUUGAGGCCAUCAUAACUUACUCACAAGAUGCCGAGGAGCUCCUCAAGAGAAAGAAGGUGCACCGGGAUGUCAUUUUUAAGUAUCUUGCCAAUGAAGGAGUUGCUAUGCCCCCUAAUAGUGAUAAACAACAGCUGAUCAGGAGAACCAUUGAGUACUGGUCAUCUGGUGAGAUCUCAAAGCGUGAGAAGAACACAGUGGUUUCAGAAGAUGUUGGAGAUGGUCUGUCAGACCUUCCAGCUUUGGGAAAACAGUUUUGCCAGUGGUUCUUCGCUCUUCUGAACUCUCAAAACCCCACUCAAGGGCAGCCGGCUCAAGAUUGGGGUCCUCAGCAUUUCUGGCAGGAUGUGAGACUUCGGCUUCUCUUAUGUUCUGGAGAGCGGCAGGUCGAUGAGUUCAGCGGGGCAGAGCUGGUCAGCCAGUGGCUUCAUGCUUUUGCAGGACAAGAGCAUCUGUUGUUCUGCCCAAACUUGGAGGGUCAAGGGUUAAAGUGUAUAUCUUCAGCUCAUGGACUGGUGUUAGUGGCCAUAGCCGGGACCAUCCACCGUGACAAUGCCUGCCUUGGGAUUUUUGAGAAAGUGUUUGGCCUCAUUCGCUCACCAAUGGACAAUAAUCGCUGGAAAAUAAAGAUUGUGAAUAUGAAAGUGGAAGCACAAAGUGGCAUCACAGACAAACAGUUACCAGUUAUUACAUACGACUCAAAAGAGUUGCUGAGCCUUUGCGACUGAGAGUCCGAGAUCCUCACAAGGUUUGUUUGGACAUGUUUUGACUCGGCAGUGAAGUCUGAAGUCUUAACACAGAUGAUGUACUGUGUAAACAACUUUAUUGUGGGAUAGAUAUUCAUCUGUAAAAGGAUCUAAGUUUGUAUUUUUUAUUUAUUUUUUUUACUUGAAGGACAGUUUCCAGUCAGUUUGAACCCUAGCAAAAUAUUUCUUUAAAAUGUAUUUUAUUGAUUUAUUAUCCCCAUUAUUAUUAUUGUUGUUUUAAAUAGAAAAUCUAAAUUAAUGUUUAUUUAUAUGGAUUGAACAACUUAAAGUUAC